UUAGGAAGCGCAUGGGCAUCGGCCGAUUCCUUUCUGUAACGGGUUUUUUCUAUGGGAGUUGCGAAUACACUGUCAUGCCGUUCGGGUUAACGAAUGCCCCCUCAAUGUUCCAGCUGAUGAUGAACGGGGUAUUCCGAUAUCUACUCGAUAAAUGUGUGAUCAUUUAUCGGGAUGACAUCCUGAUAUACAGCACAACACGGGAGCAGCACUUAAAGGACCUGGAAGCGAUUUUUCAAUGCCUGCAGCAAAAUUAUCUCAUGACCAAAGGCUCGAAGUGCGAGGUGCUGAUUAUCAGUGGGGAGAGAAGCAACUUUGCGUUUGACGGAUUAAAAAAUAUUUUAAUCUCGCCACCAGUAUUUCGGAUUGCUGACCCAGAACGACCAUUCAAGGUUGUGACAGAUGCAAGUGACAUCGCCAUCGGAGAAUUUCUAGUACAUGAUUUUGGCGACGGCCUUCAGCCAAUCGCGUAUGAGUCGCGAAAGUUACAGUCGGCUGAGCAAAAUUAUCCCAUACACGACAAAGAAAUGUUGGCGAUCGUGCACGUUUUCAAGAUCUGGCGAUGCUACCUGACGGGAGCCGACGUGACUGUACAAAUAUAUCAAAAAUCCUUACAGUACCUGCGCGCGCAGCCGAAUCUCAACCCGCGGCAGAUUCGCUGGUUGGAUUAUCUGGAAUCAAACUUCACGUAUCGAAUCUUGUACAAGAAGGGUGCCAACAACAUUGCUGACGCCCUCUCCAGACCAUCUGCCCAAACCGCCGCUGUACUAAUCGCCCAGACGAACUCUUAUCGUCUACUUCGUAAAUUACUAAUUCAAGAAGUCCACGAUUCGAACUUAUCAGGACAUUUCGGGGUUGACAAGACUCUGAAGGCAGUGCAACGGUUUUAUUAUUGGCCCGACAUGAUUUCGGAUGUGCAAAAGUACGUGGGCGCGUGUCCGAUCUCCCAGACAAUGAAAUCAUCACGCCAGCGGUCAGCAGGACUGUUGCAGCCCCUCGAGCCACCCCAACGUUUUUGGCAACACGUGACAAUAGAUUUUGUCACCGGCUUGCCGGCCAGACCAAGUGGAAACGACGCGGUCCUUGUCGUCGUCGAUCGCCUCACGAAAAUGGCUCACUUUGCGCCAUGUUGCCUGACGAUCACAGCCAAAGAAACCUCGCGUCUGUUCAUCUCGGUCGUCAUUCGCCUGCAUGGUAUCUCGGUGGGAAUCAUCAGCGAUAGUGAUCCGAGAUUCACCUCGUGCUUCUGGCAAGACACAUGGAAUCGAUACGGCACCCGCCUACAGUUCUCAUCCGCCUAUCACCCGCAAACCGACGGUCAGACAGAACGGACAAAUCAGACCAUGGAACAGUUGAUUCGCACGAACUGCCCGGAUAUCAGCAAAUGGGAAGAUUCACUACCCAUGCUUGAGUUUUCCUACAACAAUGCACCCUCUGCCACGACUAAUCACUCGGCCUUUUCCCUGAAUUAUGGGAUGGAUCCGACAGUACCCAUUUCCACCAACGUUGAAAGCCAAGUUGACUUCCUGAUACGAUGGACUCAUCGUACCAGCGAGGACCAUACGUGGAUUCCCUCGUGAAUUUGUGUACCCAAGCUUUCUCAA